GGCGGCGGCGGUGGUGGUGGAGGGAGAGACGGGGGAGACGCAGGUGAGACGCGGGGAGACGGGCACACUCGUGGAGACACUUGGCACGUCGAGGCGCUGAGAGGUGUAUGACAGCCGGGAGGAAGACACGUGGAUGCAUUGAUGCGUUGCGGGAGACUGGGACGUGGAUACGCCUGGGAACGCGUGGAGCGACAGACGCGUUGAGGAAAGGGGACGGGGGGGGAUACUGGAACGCGUGAAGACACGAAGACACGGACAACGCUUGGAGAGAGACACAUGUACGGGGAGACGGAUACGUGGAGACACGGACGGUGACACGUAAAGACAGAGACGUGAAUACGUUGAGACGGAGGCAGUGAUUCAUCGUCGGUACGUGCGUAAGACACGGACGCGGAAAAGAAGACGUGGAGAUACGCGAAGACAACGUAGAUACGGUGGAGUCCGGUCAACACAGACUCGCGGUGGACUCCGGCUGAAAAGGCCGCGCCGAGACACAACAGGAGACACGAGGGAGAGACGCGGGCAGGUGAAGACGCCGCCGUAACGUGGAGACGGGAGACACGGAUAUAAUCGAGACCACUGGAGCGACACGGAGACCAGAGCUCUGAGAGCCCGGAGUCUCGCGGAGUCCGCAAACCUGCUUCGCCUACAGCGAGACCUCCACUGUUUUUGUUUUCCAUUUUUCUUCUCCUCCUCCUCCCUGCCACUCACCCCCGAAGAGACAAUGCCGUCCGCCCUGGCCGUGUUCACCUGCCGCCCGGCGUCGCACCCCUUUCAGGAGCGCCACGUCUACCUGGACGAGUCGGUCAAGAUCGGCCGCUCCGUGGCGCGGUGCCGACCAAGCCCCAACAACGCCACCUUCGACUGCAAGGUCCUGUCACGGAACCACGCGCUGUUGUGGUUCGAGAACGACAAGUUCUACCUGCAAGACACCAAGAGCAGCAACGGGACAUUCGUUAACAAUCAGCGGCUGAGCAAGGGCUCGGAGGAGAGCGCGCCCUACGAGAUCCUCUCCGGAGAUGUCAUCCAGUUCGGCGUGGACGUCAUGGAGAACUCGCGGAGGGUGACGCACAGCUGCAUCAUCUCGGCUGUGAAGCUGUUCCUGCCGGACGGCGCGGAGACGCGGAGGAGAACCGAGGUACCGGUCUCCGCGAUGACGCUGGAAAAGGUCUCUGCGUCGCAAGCCAAUGCCUACUCCCAGGAGCUCUACCAGAUUUCGCAGUGCCUCAAGGAGGCCCUCCACAGGGAGCAGAUGCUGGAGCAGAAGCUGGCAACGCUGCAGCGCAUCCUGGCCAGCACCCAGGAGGCAUCCGAGAGUAGCUGGCAGGCGCUGAUGGAUGAGGAUCGGCUGCUGUCCAGGUUGGAGGUCCUGGAGAGUCAGCUGCAAGCGCACGCCAAGAGCCAGACGGAGGAGUCCCUGCGCAAGGAGCUGACGUCGCUGCUGGAGGACAAGCUGAGCUACGAGACGACGGCGAAGGAGUCGCUGCGCCGCGUGCUGCAGGAGAAGCUGGAGGUGGUGCGCAAGCUCUCCGACGUCGAGAGGGCGCUGAGCAACACGGAGGACGAGUGCUCGCACCUCAAGGAGAUGUUCGAGAAGUCCCAGGAGGAGGUGCUCGACAUCGCCCGGUGCCACACGGACGCCCAGGAGAGCGUCAAGGAGCUCACGGAAAAACUCCGGGUGUCGGAGGAGCGGCAGGAGGAGGUGGUGGCGCGGGGCGGCGAGGAACGGCGCGAGCUGCAGGCCCAGCUGGAGGAGCUGGAGCAGAAGGAGAGCGCCCUGCAGGCCCGCGUCGAGGCCCUCACCGCCGACAACGACUUCACGCGCCAGCAGCUCGCCUCCGUCAAGGCACGACUGGAGCAGAUCCAGGAGAAGAGCAGCCUGAAGGAGGAGAGCGCCUCGCUCGACGACCGGGUGGACGACCUCUCCUCCAAAAUCAACGGCAGCAUCGAUGAAGAGCACGUAGCACCACCCGGCGUGGACUCCUGCACGGAGCUGGUGCAGCAGAUCGUACAGCAUCGGAUGAUUCUGGGAAUCUCCAACGACUCGAACCCUUCGAUGGAGGCGGAGAUGAACGACCUGCAAGCCAAGCUGAGGGCCCUGGUGGAGGCCGCACAGAGGAAGCUGGUCCCGUCCACCCAGGACGGAGUCUGCUCAGAGCCGGGCCCCCUAGGAGCUGAGCCACACUCCAAUGACCAAUCGGGAGCCGUGGAGACUCUGAGAGAGGAGCUCAGCCACACGAGACAGCAGCUGUGCCAAGCCAACGCCGAGAUCCAGAGCCUCAAAGGGCGACUGGAGGAGCGCGAGACCGCCGCCUGCGAGGACGCCGUGUCCAGCUGCUCAAGUUCCUCACGUGAAGACACGGACCCUCGGGACAGACUCGCGCCAAUAGCCGGGGAGCCGGGCACCGCCCACGGGGAGAUGGAGCGGCUUCAGGAGGAGCUGAGCCGGGCGCGCGACGCGGCGCAGUCCGGCAAGGAGCAGAUGCGGCAGACGCUGGCCACCGUGGAGAAGGACCAGCUUGAGAGCAAGGCCAAGAUGGAGGGGUACCUCAAGCAGAUUCAAAGGUUGCAGGAGCUCCUGGUGCAGGCGCAGGAGGAGCUGUCGGGGUUGCAUACGCAGCAGAAGAGCGAGCGGGAGGAGGCGCAGUCGCGGCUCGCACGUGCGCACAACGACAACGCCGACCUGCAGCGCCGCGUCGAGGCCGCACAGGCCGGGCAGCACGACCAGACGGCCGCCCUGCAGAUGGAUCUGAGGCGAGCACGGGAGGAGCUGGAGAGGCUGCAGGCCGAGGUCGUGCGACACCGGAACGAGACCGCGGCGCUGCGCCAGCAGGUGGAGGCGCGCACGCUCGCCCUGCAGCAGCAGCACCAGCAGGAGAUGGCGCAGCUCAGGGCCGAUCUGGCCGGGGCCCAGGAGGAGCACCGGGCGGCCUCGCUCGAGUCCGGCCGCCAGCUCCGCGCGUCUCUCGCCGAACGGGAGGAGGCGCUGCGCAGCGUGGAGGUUCAGCUGGCAGCGCAGCAGCAGCGGGUGCAGAGCGAACUCGAGGUCGAGCUGGGCCAGGCCAAGGAUCGCACACAAGCACUGCUCGACCAAGUGGAGGAGGUACGGGAGGAGGCCGAAUGCUGGCAGCGGAAGUUCGCAGCGGCUCAGCAGCAGAAGGAAGAGCUCAGCAGCCAGAUCUCGCACUUCCAGAGCUCCCUGGAUGAAUCCCGCAAGCGAGCCCAACAGCAGCAGACCUCCUGGGCGAGGAUUGUUCCGGUCAUGUGCCUGGUGGUCGCCGUGACACUCACCAUGCUCUACCGCCCGGAGUAACCGCGCCCCCCGGCGGCAUCGACGACCGCCGCCCCCCCCCCCCCCCCCAACUCUCCCGCCCCCCCUAUCCCCGGCACGUCCACCCCGCCCCGGCGGUGUUCUCCGCCGGCCACCUCAGCCCCCAAAGUCUGCCCGCGGGCCGCGACCGUGGGCCAUCUCCGCCAGGACCACGUCUUAUGCAGAUUAUUUUCCGGGUCGCCGGUAGACGGGAGCCCGGUGGCGCGUGGUUCGUAGCCGCCGCAUCAGCCAGGGCCGCGACAAGAGGUAUAUAAGCCGCGCGCGGAAAUAGUUUACCGGGCCACCAACCCGGCUGAAAUUAAGCCUCUGGCGCAAGAGGCAAACGCUCCGUCGACCUCCGGGUGACGUCAGGGGCAGCAGCGUGAUUUUUCUACGUUGAUGCCGGCCCCCCGUGGAGUCUUGACGCUCUUUGCAGGCAGUUCCCUCGGGAUCCGUGGGGGCAGCCGUCCGGCCGGGGAGCUGCGCAAGAAACCCGCGGGGGGAGGAGUCCCUUCUUCAAUCCCCCUGGUUGGGAGAGUAAAGCGCACCCCAAAAUGGGUCCCGGGGUCUAUGAAGUUACACACACACACAUACUAACACACACGCUGACACAACAACAACAACAACAACAGCUGCCAUUCGCCACUAAGUGGCGGCGAUGUCACCCACGGAAUUUGUGCCAGGCCAGAUGCACUCUUGAGGCUCCGUGAAGUGUCGAAGCCUCGUUGGCGAGAGGUCACGGGACAGACCCAGAUGCCACGGGUUGACUGAGGCGACUGGCAGAUGCACCACCAGUGCUCCCUAUUGUGCCAACUUUUGCUGCAUUUUAGCCGUCCGGCUCUCCGCUCGUUGUUGUGAGCGUCGCCCCUCUGGCCAUCGUUCUUGUUGGAGGGCAACUGCCUCCCAACUGCCCAGCAGCAUCCUUCACGAGUCCCCUCCAUACACUGUAACACGUUGACACACGCGCACACAAAUGCUCGCACCUUCUGGAUUAUACUACGCACCCCCAACUUUUGUUUUAAUAUACAGUGGUAGGGGGGGGAGUUCGUCCCUAUAAUCUGGUGGCUAUGAUAUAUUUGCACCUUGUUAUUGUAAAUGCAUUGGGGUACCCCUUGUCUUCUAUAUCUGUAAGUACCAUAUUCUCUGGGUUAUAAGAGACUCCGUAAAGUAAGACUCACCCCCCAACCUGGGGUUCUUCUGUACGCGGUAAUGGUUUUAAGGAGAAUACAGUACUCGUGUUCCCUGCACUGGUCGACACGUGGCAGCAGCGCUCCGAUUGGUUCUUAGGGUUAGCGUUUGGAAAUGCCACGCAUACCAGAUACCACACCUGCUCACCAGAUACUCACCAGUCACUCGGCACUCCCGUCACUCACCUGACUCCAUUCACAAGGCACUCACCAGACACCUAUGACUGGCACACAGACAACAACAACAACAACUACUACUAAUUAGCAGUGACGUCACCACAGCGCUUUUGCCAGGCUGGGUGCACCUUUCCGGCCAGACUACAGCAACGCAUACACCCUGGCACACACUACACAGGUACGUGCAACUGCAUGCGCAUAGCGCAUACAGAGGCCCACACGGACGACACUCGCAGCUACAGCCACAGCUGGCGUACACCACGACGUGAGGCUGCCUGUACACGGGACACGGACAGACGCGCACGCACGCACGGCCUCUGCGCCGUCACGCACGGCCCCGGUCCGCCGGUUAGCAAAGAAUCGAUGCUGUAAAUAACGUCGUGACAAGUCGCGUUUGGCUGCGGAGAGCGGCGUUCAGCGUUGCUUAGGCGGGAGGGACGUUCUUACCCAACUUUGUUUUUGCACAUCCUGAUGAAAGGCAAAACACUACAGAGGCAGCGCAGACGGGCGGCCGCUCCUCCCGCGGACCCCGCUCCCGUCACGCGGCCGUCGGGCGGGGGGGACGCGUGCGUGGCGGCGCCCACCCUUCGCCGUGGCGACCGGUCCCCCGUUUCCGGCGUCCAGGACCCGGCGCUGCACCAAACCCGCACGCCGCCUCCGCCGACCGAACAUCCCCGGCGGCCCGCGUCGUUCUCAGGCCGCGUUCGCCCUGCGCCCACCGCCCCCGGCCCCGCGCCGUCCGUGUUGAGGUCUGCCGCCGGCUGUGGGUGCCGGCGCCGGCGUCCGGCUCCGCGUGGGAUUGACGUUCCGCUUGAGGGUAGCGUUCCAUCGGGUUUGGAGUUCCACCAGGGCUGGCGUUCCACCAAGUCGACCCUGGCCGUUGUUGGUUUCUAGCUCGGCCGAACCCCCGGCUAAUCCCACCGUCGGGACCUCGUACGGAGACGGUACUCGUGCGGUUGUUGUCAACGCCGGCAUCCACUGGUGGCGGCGCUAUUAGCGGCGACGGUGGCGACGCUGCGGGGAGGAACGCAUGGGCGGGGGGAAUGCGGGCGAGCGGGGUUCGGGCGACGCACACGGCUGCCGUCUGCUCUCGCCCACUGCUGUUGGCGCUUUGCGCUCGGGAGUUUUUGUGAAUGGUGCCGUUUGUAAAUAUUCCACGGGCUGGGAUGGGGGCGGGGGGGGGUCGCUUCCAAUUCUUGACAAUUGCAGAACACGCGGGAUUAUAAAUAUUUGUACAUUUUAAGAAAAGAAUUAUACGGAGGGGGCGGCACGAGGCCGCGUGAAAACGGCCGUGAGCUUCAAGAGCGCGCCGGGCAGCUGCUGUGCAGGCGGCGUUGUGCCGCGCACGGCCCUAGGUGAGGCGCGGCGGUGGACGCGAGAGGCGCGUCGCGGUGGCGGAGAGACAGUCGGCAGGUGUCAAAACCGCACUCUUUCAGAAGGUCCCUUGGUCGUUUAUGGGAUUCCACAGAGCCUUGGUGGGGGGGGGGGGGGCGGAGGGGGGGAGUGUGUGGAGACGCCGAGCGGGGCGAACGGCGAUGGAGGGGUUACGCCCCGGAUGGCGAUCGGCUCGCCAGGCUUCUCGCUGCGGAUGGGGGGAGGCCACAAAAACGGCCGGGUGCGGUGGCUGGGGGUGCCUGCGGUCGAGGGUUGGUGGAUCACGUAGAGAUUUGUAAAGCCGUCUUAACCCCCAAGUGCUGCGAGGUGGCCAGCAGAUGGGGGGGGGGGGGGGGGGGGGGGGGGGUGGGGGGUAAAGUGUUUCCACAAUUACGGCCGCAAGUCUUCGUCGCGGCUCGGGCUCGCGGAAACCCUGGAGCGUGGCGGGGACGGUGACUCGGAGCCGGCUCAAGUGACUCGCACGGCUCGGCGCCGGCUCCGUCGAGCCAGAGCCGAGCCGCGACCAAGCGCGCAGGGCCUUGGGAGUCCGCUAAAUCAAGGAAGUACCUGGCUAGCGGUGGCGAUGUGAACCGGGGGGCGGGGGUUUGGGGGGCACUGCUGCCAUGGUGACGCAGAUCAGGCGGGGCGCUGUUGUAAGACACUAGUUUAAGGUGCAGCUGGGGGAGAUGUUUAACACUAGAGCUCGCGGUGGGGGGGGGUGGGCGGGCGGGCGGGUCGCGCCCGACCGCUGCUGGCCGUUGGGGCGAUGAGAGACGCGCGGGGCCACGGGUGCGAUGCCACGGACUAGCGGGUUAGACGGAGACACUGGGGCGCAGCGGGUGACCGCGUGCGUGCGGGGCGACUGAAACGCACAUGUUGACCGCGAGAUUAUCCGCUCCGCGCGCGCGUUGACCCGUGUGCGUUGACCCGUGUGCGUUGACCGCGAGCCGGCGGUGUUCGCCAAAGGUGCGCGGGCUCAAUCGGCUUGUGCUCCUCUUGGCCCACAUCUCUUUGGGAGAAAUCCGUCGGCCACGACACCCACCGUGACGGCCGCGGCAUCUGCCUGCGAGUCCCCAGCAUGCUCCUCGCCCAGACGCCUGCUGCUGUAGCCACGGGGCUGGCCGCGCGGUGCGCAACCGUGCCCGUCGCCUCACUCACGACCUCUCCCGAGAUCACUCUCGGCGUCCAUGCACGUGCGUGAACGUGCGGGGAGCGGCACGUUCGCGCACGUGGUUAGCGCGCUUCGCCCCUAAAUGCACAAACCCGGGUUACACAAGCGGUCCUGUGCCAUCCCUAGGUUGACUCAGUCUGACAUGAUACCUGGUGCCCUGCGUAAAUCAUCCGCGCUGGGGAGACAAAGUCGGUCGGGUGUGGAGCUAGCCACACACCACUCCAUUGAGUGCCGUGCCAACCUAAAUAGGUGCUCGCUAACAGCGCUCUCGAGUCGGUAGGGACUGUCUUAGUAGACACGUGCGAACGCAUAGGUAUAUAACUACGCGCGUGUGUGUAUUGUAUACACACGCGAGACAUUGUGUUAUGGGUACCCGCAAUGAAACCCCCGUAACAAGUUCAUUAUCCCAACAAAAGUGUCAGUGAUGCCACCACAGGUGCGAGUGACACACCUGGGUUGGAUUCCCCCACCUCCCCGCUCGUGUUUGGGUUUUUGAACUCUUGACCCCCCCCCCCAAACCUCCCCGUGGAUCAGUCUGCUGGCCGUCGCGCGUGUAAAUACUGCGUUUGGAAAUAUUUGUCUCACAGCUGUGCGAGUGGCGGCGGCGGCGACCUCUCUCCUUUUUGUAAAGUUAAAUGGUUGAAAAGAACUAUUUUGUAAACAGUACCGUGGGUUAUAAACAGAAGUUUAAAGGAAGAAAAUUUAAAAAAAAGUUUGAAAAAUAAAUGAAUUAAUGAAUGAAUAGAGAACUCUUAAGAGAAUCGUAUUUCCUGUUUGGGUGGGUGAUAUUGCACUAACAACGGCUCCGGGUGUGCAUGUGGAAUAAACGCUCAAGAUGCUUCCUCA